AUGAACAUUCUGAAGCCGCUUCUAAUCAUAACAGUGCCUACACCGACACCCGUGACUCAUUUCAUCGACGUCGAGAUGGAAAAUGUCCUCAAUCCGCCAUGUACUAUGAUGUUCGCUCCUGUUCCUUUUGGUCUCAAUCCUGGCCAAACAAGUGUGAUCACGGAGGAUGUAACUUCUAUUGGUCUCAUUGGUGUGCCCAAUCCAGCUAUGACUGGACCAUAUCUGCCCACAGAUGAGACCACAGUCCAGGAUGUAUAUGGCAUGUGGCUCGGGCCAACCCCAGAAGCCGGCGGGUUCAGCAUUGAAUUCAACAUUGUCGGGCCUUACCCGCCUGCGGAGGGAGAGGAUCGAGCGAGUAAAGCCGCCGCUACGGACACCAAAACCAAAUCUGUCAAGUGGAAACGUGUCGACUUCAAAGCUUUAUCUCUGAGCGAGCUUAAUUGUGCUGAGAGACAGCUCAACGAAGCUAAAGAAACAUUCCAGGACAACGAUGAGGCUUCCAAGCUGAUAAAAAGCUGGCUUGAUGAGGUGGCGGACGAGAAGAAGAAAUAUGAGCCUAAGGAAGAGAGCAAGGGUUCUUCGUAG